AUGAAGGUCACCUCCCUCUUCCUCUCCGCCGCCGGCGCCGCUUCGGCCUUGACCAUUGCCGAGAUCAACGGCAACAAGUUCCUCUCUCCGUACAAGGACCAGUCCGUGACCAACGUCACUGGUCUCGUUCUCGCAAAGGGACCCGCCGGAAUCUGGAUCCGCUCGACGACGCCCGACGACGAUGCUGCCACCUCCGAGGCUCUGUACGUCUACGGCAGCACCGUUGGCGCGAACUUGACCGUGGGCGACCUCAUCACUUUGGAUGGAAAGAUCCAGGAGUACAGGUCCGCCACGAACUACAUCUACCUCACAGAGCUCAGCUCCCCCAAGAACGUCGUCGUCGUUUCAAAGGGUAACGCGGUCACCCCGCUCGUCAUCGGCGUCGACACCCUGCCCCCGCCGACGGAGCAGUACAGCGGCCUCGAUGGCGGUGACGUCUAUGCCGUCCCCAACGCCGUCGCCAACAUCUCCACCGAGAACCCGGUCCUCAACCCGGCCCUCUACGGCCUCGACUUUUGGGAGUCGCUGAGCGGCGAGCUCGUCACCAUCAAGAGCCCCGUCGGCAUCUCUCGCCCCAACCAGUACGGCGACACCUGGGUCAUUGGCGACUGGCCCGUCACCGGCCGCAAUGCGCACGGCGGCCUCACCAUGUCUGACAAGGACUCCAACCCCGAGGCCAUCAUCAUCGGCUCUCCCCUCGACGGCACAAAGAACCCCGAGUCCAAGAUGGGCGACGAGCUCACCGAGAUCACCGGCAUCGUCACAAACGCCUUUGGCUUCUACCGCAUCCUCCCCCUGACCGGCAUCACAAUCGCAAAAAACGCCACCAACAACGCGCCCGCCACCACCCUCGUCAGCCGCGGCGACUGCAGAGGCAUCACCGUCGGCGACUACAACGUCGAGAACCUCUCCCCGACCGUCGCUCACCUCCCCUCCGUCGCCGCCCACAUCGUGGACUACCUCAAGACCCCCGACCUCGUCUUUGUCCAAGAGAUCCAAGACGACAACGGCGCCACCAACAACGGCGUCGUCUCCUCCAACCUCACCCUCUCCACCUUGACGGCCGCCAUCGAGACCAAGUCCGGCGUCGCGUACGACUGGGUCGUCAUCGACCCCGUCGACGGCAAGGACGGCGGCCAGCCGGGCGGCAACAUCCGCGUCGCGUACCUCUACAAGCCCGACGUCGUCGAGCUCUACAAGCCUAACCCGGGCGGCGCCCUCGACUCCAACGAGGUCCUCGAGGGCCCCGCGCUCAAGUACAACCCGGGCCGCAUCGACCCCACCAACACGGCGUGGGACGCCAGCCGCAAGCCCCUCGUCGCGCAGUGGCGCGCCGUCAACGGGCCCGUCAACAAGACCUUCUUCACUGUCAACGUGCACUUUGCGUCCAAGGGCGGUUCCUCGUCUCUGCACGGCGACCCCCGUCCUCCCGUCAACGGUGUUGUGAACCCGCGUAUCGAGCAGGCCAAGAUCACCGGCUCCUUCAUCGCCGAGAUCCUCGCCCUCGACGCAAACGCCCGCAUCAUCACCGCCGGCGACUUCAACGAAUUCGCCUUCGUCGAGCCCCUGAAAGUCUUCGCCUCCACCUCGGGCCUCGUUGACCUCGACGAGGCCGUCGGCGUCCCCGUCGAGGAGCGCUACACCUACGUCUACGACAUGAACGCGCAGGAGCUGGACCACAUGUUUGUCAGCCCCGCGCUGGCGAACAAGAACGGCACCGCGUACGAGCACAUCCACGUCAACUCGUGGGAGCUGUAUGAUGAUCUUGUUAGCGAUCAUGAUCCUUCUGUUGCGCUGUUUAAUGUUUAUAUGAGAGUAAUACCUAAUGGACCUUGGUUAUGUUCCCAUGUUACUAGUCUCAACGGAAUCGAAACGGAAGCUACAUCAUUGAAGGGCCUUCGAACCUGACGAAAUCUUGCAAACAGUCAGAGGAAUCUCGGGGUUUCUUCUGUCCUGUAUAUGUCUAUCCCCUCUACCAAUCGUCGCACGAAGCUUUUACCCAGUCAAACUAUUCGAAUAUCCUCCCAGGGAACACCUGCCAUUUCUUCGUUAACAGUGGUACGCACGCCGACAAAUCCCCUCUCCAAAGGAAGCAUAUGUGUCUCUGUCUCCCGCACGAGGUCAAGCAGUGGUGCCCAAGCUGAUUUCGCAGCAGCCAGAUAGCCCACUUGCUCCUCCUGACAUCCCUCGGUCUCGCUUCGGAAAAGGUCUACAUCUUCGCUAGCACGAGAGCGGCCAGGCCAGUCGUCCGCCUCAAGGGACCACGCAUGGCACGUUUGGAUGAAUUUGGCUGUCCAGGCUUUUACGAGGACGUUGGGUUCUUGGAGAAAGCCAUGGUCUUCAAGGAAGUCGUUAUCUUUAAGUGGGUCGUUGUCUUCAAGUAGGUCGGUUUCUUGAAAGAAGUCGGUCUCUUGGGGGUAAUCAGGUUCUUCAAGGAAGUCGGUGCCUGGAAUUUGAGGAGACUUAGUUUCAAGAACAAAGGCAUCGCGGCCUGAUAAAUCCAUGGAUGUUGUUCUCAUAUGUCUUUCCGAGUCUUGCAGCCAUGGCACUCUAUUGGCACGGCGCAAAUGCCUGAACUUUCUGCCGAUGGCUGAUUCCGAGUCGCUAGUCGAACCGAUUAUCUCAUCGAAAUUUUGGCUUAAUAUAAUUUCGGUAAACUUUGCUGGGACGAUCGUAGCGUCCCGUUCUUUUAUGUUGACGGAGAUCGUAUCGGCCUUUUCCGUCAUGUCGUCACUCAGGCUGUCGAACACCGAACGGCGCUUUUUCUUCAUGCUGCCGAAGAUCACACCAAACUCCUCACUCAAGUUGUCGGAGUCUUUGUUGUCGGAGCCUUUAGAGCGCUCAAGGUCCUCCCAGAACAAUUUCAUGGCGCUUGCGAAUGCAACUUUGGAAAGCUGUUGCCACGGAGCCCUCUCUCUCCAUUGCGCUCUUUCCCAAGCAAAUCGCGCAAUUGUUCUCAAGCCUGGCACUUCUCUUUUCUUUAAAAACUGCUCCAAUGUCUUCCGAACCUUUGGGUGUUCCAUAUAGGUCUUUGUCGUGGUCCGGAGACAUUGCCCGAGAAAGUGCAGUGGGCCAGAGUCUCCGAUGUCCACCUCGCCUAUAUCCUUCGUUUUUGAGAGGCUCCUCAUCAGUUCCUCAAGCUCCUCCAGAUGGUCAGAAAACGCUACUGAAGCUUCCCAUUCCGGAACAUAGCACUGCUUGGAUUCCUCUCUGAGCUUACGCACGGCUGCUUGAAUCUCUUGGUCGUGAGUUGGCUGCUCUUUAUGUUCCGACAUCGUGAAGGACUCUAAAAAUCGCCCUUUGAACUCUUCCAAUUUCCAAUGAUUCUUUAUAUUAUGGCAAACAGCCUUAACCGUGCCCCAAGUCAUGUCAAGAGACCAGAGCCUUCCAUCGCUUUCUGUUCCAAGCAGGUGUAGCCAUGUUGAGAAAAGCAGGAUGGCUUUGCGAUCGAUCAAAUCGAGAUACGCGGUUGAGCUAUGGAACUUGGGCUCUCUUACAAUGGCAACGUGACGAUAAGCUUUGGUAGCUUUCAAUGUUGGUCGAAGUACCAGCAAAAACGAAUCAAGUCCUUUGAUUUGAACAAGUUUGUCUUUUGACUUGGCCCAGACUGGCAAGGCUUCCUGUGUCGUUCCGGGUCUAUGGUAUACUUCGCCAAGGAUUCCUGGAGGACCAUCGUUGCAUCGAUGGUCGAGGAAACAGCUUGAGAGAUGGGAUACCGGGCGACCCUUGACGACCAAAGCACCAUCGCGGUAGAUUUGAGGCAUGAUCGAAUAGUUCCCUGAUCCCCAUUCAAGACGGGCUGUCAGAUUUGUCUUAGGUAGAAGUGGCCUCAUGAGAUUUAAGGCGGUUCCCGAAGACCAGUCAACAGCCCACGAGGGGUAGGAAUCUGAUAAUUCUGGCUGCAGUGCUGCAAAGAUCGGCAACAUGAAAGCAGGACUUUGAAAAAAUAGAUAAGCAGUGAAACCACUAAACACUUGCUCCUUGCUGAGCGAGUAGUCUGCAUCCAGUUGAGCUUGUUUCGCGUCUUGUAAGAGGCCAAACAAGGCAAAAAGCUUGUCCCGGGGGUCUGUAGCCUCACAUAAGGCUGUGGCGUGCAGUAGACUUGGGAGUUCUUCCGAAUCCAUCAAGUUCCCCUUCGGGAGCAUUUGAAGCCAGUUAAUAUUUCGAUCGCAGUAUUUGACGUCCCUUCGCUGGAGAAAGUCUUGCCAUCGGUCGCCGCGUGUCCCAAAUAGAACCCAACAAUCUUGCGCUGCAGCUAUCUCUUGGAUCACCCAUACUCUCUUAAAGUAUUGCUGUUGCGUGAGAUCUUUGUGCGCAGGCAACGAUCUCUUGUAAUAUGUGUUCCAUUUAUCGAAAUUCCACGGGGAUGAGCUGGUGGAGUUCAGGUCUUCUUCGUCUUCCCCUAAGUAGAUCAAAACCCUAGAAGCAGUUGCGUAAAUGUUUUGCAUAAUGCCAACUUGAUGGGACCUUUCGCCCACAUCGUUCUGGUUUAUGCAAAUGGCGUCGACCCAAAGUCGUCUACUGCGGUAGGAAUAUCGUAAACGGCGAAGAGCAUUGAGGCAGUUUUUGGUAACCAGCAGGAUAUCCCAUCGCUCCCCAACGUAAACCUUCUCGCACCUUGAAGAGUCAUUCUUUUCAUCUGCCCAUGUAUAUGAUAGAGCUUCGUACUCCGGUUUGAUGGUCAAAUCUGCGACUUGAAGCUCGACUCUGACUGGGUCGUUGUAAUUGCCUUUGAGUAACUUCAGAAGUCGGAUUUUCCGUGCAAAUAAAGGCUCAUAUGGCGCCUCAACCAAGAUAGAAGAGUUCGUCGCAGGCUCGUGGUUACUUGUGGUGGGCUGACCAACAAGUGGCGUGACAUUUCCGCGUACAUCUUUCGAUUCCGCUAUCGUUUUUUCCGGUAGAUUAGAGACUACUGAGGGAUCGUCUACAAAAGGUAAUGAAAGUGGCCACCUUAGCUCAAAUCUUGUUGUCGGAGCCGGUACCAAUGGCGCUUGGUGGUGUUGAGCCUCCGCAAGGCCUUCCGAUGUAGCGAUGCAUCCACAGCUGCUACAUGUCGGCACACCCAGGCCUGCACUGAACUCGACGUCGGGUUUCCGGCAUGUCUCGUGCCAAUUGAAUGUGGACAUCGCUUGCUCUCGUUCGAAGUACUGACGAUACCGCGUGGUGAUUCUAGAACGUAAAGAGGUAGCAAAAGAUGUGAGCGUUCCCAAAAGGCCGAGCAAGAGCAAGUAAGGCAUCGAAUCAAGUAGUACAUCAACAGCGGGGUAUGGAGUAUUUAGCAGCCUGACUGACAGUCCAAAUUUGCUAUGAAUUUUGGAACCCGACAUCUGCAAGUCUCAUUGGCUUGAGAGACUAUGCAUAUCUAGACGGUGGCGCAGGGACUGCGCCAACAAUAGAUUUCAGGUCGGUGUGCGCAAGGCUUCACCCACGGAUUAGGUUGAAGACAAGGCAGAUUCGAAGUCUCGGUGCAAGAAAAC